AUGACAAAGCCCGUAGCUGUUAUUGUCGGCGCAGGCAUCGCCGGUUUGGCGGCUGCAUGGUGGCUCGACACCGCCGGAUGGGAGUCGAUGGUGGUUGAGAAAUCCAAUACUUUUCGCGAUGGUGGCUACAUUGUAUCAGUAGCGGGCGCAGGCUAUGAAACAAUAAAGCACAUGGGGAUUCUUGACGACAUCAAGGCAGUGGCCCAGGAUCUUGAAGGGAACCACCUCAUAGACAACCGGGGGAAGAAAAUACGUAGCGUGCGCUACGCCGACUACCGCACCCAAUGGAACUCGGUGUCAGUGAGAAGGGACGACCUGGCAACGGUCCUCGCGAAAUCACUACCGAAAACAAGCUCUAUCCGAUUUGGUACGACGGUCGACGCUUUUACAGAUGAGGGUGACAAGGUCAGCGUAGUCCUUGCGGACGGCCAUAUCAUCCAGGCAGACUUGUUGAUCGGGGCCGACGGCUUCCAUUCCCGAAUGAGGUCGGAACUUUUCAAAGAAGAUGCAGAUUGCCUGGACCGCAUGGGCUACUACUAUGCUGCAUACACUUAUGAUGAUCAUGUCGGAGAAAAGGGCUGGUGUCAUUCGUACACCCACGCUGGCCAAAUGGAUAUGAUGUUCCCAUUACGGGACCAGGGCAUGACCGCCAUGCACCUAUGGCACGAAGACAGGGACUUGGACCUCAGCACGUCGGAAAACAGGGUCCAAAUUCUCAAAGAUAUAACUAGCAAAUGUCCACCAGCUGUGCGGGCGGCGGUGGACCAAGCAGCGAAGUCGGAUGUCAAGAUCAACAUGGACGCACUUGCGUUGGUAAAGCUUCCUCGGUGGUCCAAAGGCAGAGUCCUUCUCAUGGGCGACGCCGCACAUUGCCUCACCCUUAUCUCCGGCCAAGGGGCCGGCACGGCUCUCACUUCGGCCGGGAUCCUCAGCAGAGCACUCCAGAGCACCAGUAAUGUGCUAGACGCCCUGCGAAUUCACGAAGCCAAGUUGCGCCCUAGCAUUGAAAGGCUCCAGCAGCGCUCCAAGGACAUGGCUGGCUGGUAUAUCCCCAAAAACACGCUGGCGUACUGGAUCCGGAACUGGAUGUUCAAAUUGAUACCUUACUCCUGGCUGGUGUCCUAUCAUGUCAAGAGCCUCAAAACCGAGGUCGAUCUGAUAGAACUUUCGCAAGAGCCAGACUAA